UUGCAGUCUCUCAUACAUCAUGUUGCGCAGCUGUUUUCCUUGCGAGCUCAUUUCAUUUUGCCGACAAAAUUUUCGCUGCCGAAAUGGCUGAACCGAUCGGCGUCGCCUCCGGCGCUCUUAGUCCUGCCACUUUUGCUUUCAACUCCAGCAUCUCGCUCUACCAAAUGGUCAAAAGUUUCCAAAGCAGCAAAAGGGAUAUUCGCGAGCUCCAAGAGGAACUUGAGGCGCUCAAAAUUGCUAUACAAUCUCUCCAAGGGCUCGCUUCCAAAGAUGAGGUUCAAUUUGAGCCUCUUCGUCUCCCCUUGCACCGCUGUGGCAAGACUUGCGAGGAAUUUGAGAAGGUGAUUGCGAACUGCACCAAAAAUUCUAGCAACCCGAAAACAAGCUUUCGGGAUUGGGCAAAAUUGCAAUACAUGGGCAAAGAUAUCGCUGGAUCCAAGAACAUGCUCGCUGGGUACAAAUCUACCAUCAUCAUUGCUAUCGGUGAUGUCAAUCUACGCACGGCUGUUGUGAGCGCGAACGCAAUCCAAGAGUUCAAGGAAAUGCUUGCAAACACGACGACCGACCUCGAAGAACACCACCAUGACCUCCAAGAACACCUCCAAAACAUCGACGACAAGUUAGAUGCACUUGGCGUUCAAGAAUUUAGCAAAAAAGAUGAAGAGAUCGCCGAGAAAAGACGGAUAUCUGAGGAGACCGAAAGCGUUAAAGAAUGUCUCGCAAUAUGCAACCAUGCAGCGAAACACAUAGACGAAGCACGAACAAAUGUGUUUGAGGAUGUCUCUGCUGCUGAAGAUGCUCAUCAAGUUAUUGUCUCCACAUUUGGCGACCUUAUCUCGGCGAAGCGAGUCACUGCUGGGGUUAGAGCGACACAGUUGCUAGGGCAGAUGUCUGAUGCUACUCUGCAGCAGCUCGCUCGGAGCCAAGGCUGUGACUUGUCUAGUCUUUUAGGGACGGUGAAAGAUGUGGAAGAAUAGGCCAAAGGAACCCUAAAUUAUGAGGACUGUUAUGGAGUUGGGCAUAAGCUGGGUUAAGUUAUUUCCGUCGCGAGUGAGAGUUAUCUGCUCAAUCACGUACUAGCACGUACUAGAGAAGAGUAACAAAUCAAGGGCCACACCCCUUUCAUUCCUCUGGACAUAUCUAGAUCCCGAUGUGGACAUACCACGUGACCUUUAACCAUUUUGAUUAGCUCGGAGGAGCUCUCUGGUAGUCCGUGUCCUAUAAGACUUCUAUUUCAUAGACAUUUGUGAAAUUUUUAAGUUUGGUAGAUAUCGGGCGAUGGUUGCACGUGAUGUGCAGGGAGUAUUCUAUACUGAAUCUAAACUAGAAUAGAACAGAUCUAGUAUAGAUGUGGCUUGUACGGGUUGUUCCACGGUGUAUACAUCUGGCUAGAUUCCUAC